AGUGUGAAAAAGGUGGGAAGGGGGUCCAGUCCCGUGGCUUCCUAGAAGGGAGAGGGUGGGAAAGGAAAGGUGAACGACGGAAGAAACAGAUCUUAUCCAAUGGGACGCUGUCUCUCUCUCUCUCUCUCUCUCUCUCUCUCUCUCUCUCUCCAUUUUCUUCUAUUCUCAUUAUUGUUCCCUUUUUUUUUGAAAAAAAAAAACUUUUAGGCCUUUGUUCUGUCUUUUCUACAAGACAAGAUAAAACUGAUCAGUCUAUAUUCAUCCGGAAUGCCGGACUGCUGAAUCAUAUGCAUCUUCUAUAACUAAAUAAUAAUAAUAAUAAUGAAGAUGGAGACGAAGCAGCAUCAGAAACCGAUACUGCAGCUGCUGAUGCUAACUUCGCUAGCAGCAGCAGCAGCAGCACUCACUGCCGACUCUCCGCGCUGCCGCACUGCAUGCGGCAACAUACCCAUCCCCUACCCCUUCGGCGUCGAAACCGGCUGCUACCGCGAGGGCUUCGGCUUAGUCUGCAACGACUCCUACCACCCUCCGAAGCUCUCCAUCCUCUACUACGAUUACGAAGUGAUCGACAUAUCUAUUGUUAGCGGGGAGAUGCGGGUGUAUCUGGAAGCGGGCCGGGCAUGCUACAACUCGACCGGGGGGCUAAUAAGCAGCAGCACACCUCCCACGGUGCUGAUCGAGAGCCCUUACGUUUUCUCCACUCGCACCAAGUACGUUGCAGUCGGGUGCCCCAACCUCGGGUACUUCGUCGACCCCGCGGGCUACUACGUCAGCGGCUGCGUCUCCAUCUGCAGGCCGUCGGCGUACAAUAACUUGAACGGAUCGUGCACCGGCGACGGCUGCUGCCAGAGCUCCAUACCCACCGGGCUCGACUAUUACGAGCAGUACUUGCAGAAUUUCAUCGUCGCCGGCGGGGCUGGCAUAUUUCUGGCGAAUUCUACCCCUUGUGCUUACGGAUUUCUUGUCGAUGCGGACUGGUUCAGAUUCACCCCCUCUUAUCUAUCGAUGACGUCAGAUCUGAGAGUUCCCAUCGUGCUCGAUUGGGCGAUUAGAAAUGUCAGAAAUGGCAGUGCUGCGGUGCACAAUUCGACAGACUAUGCGUGCCGCAGUGCGAACAGCACGUUCUAUGAUUCCUCUAAUGGCGCUGGAUACCGCUGCAAUUGUUCCAAGGGAUACGAGGGCAAUCCGUAUAUUGAGACCGGAUGCCAAGAUAUCAACGAGUGCGAGCAUAAAGACCAGUACCCGUGCUAUGGAAUUUGCACAAAUGUGCCAGGGAGUUACCUCUGCGAAUGCCCACGCGGGACUGCCGGAGAUGCUUUCACACAGGAUGGUUGCAGACCCAAGGACAAAUUUACAUUGGCACUAAAAAUAGUUACAGGUGCAAGUCUUGGAAUUUUCUUUGCUCUGUUUAUGGGCUUUUGGGCGUAUCUGGGGCUCCAGAAGAAAAAGCUCAUUAGAACAAGACAGAAGUUCUUCGAGCAAAACGGAGGCUUGAUAUUACAACAACAAAUGAGGUCCUGUAGAGGUGUGACAUUCAAGAUAUAUGCGAAAGAAGAGCUAGAAAAAGCCACCAACAAUUUCGACACGGACCGUGUGCUCGGUCGUGGAGGUCAUGGCAUUGUUUACAAAGGAAUUCUGGAGGACGAAACGGUUGUAGCCAUCAAGAAAUCCAAGAUAAUGGAUGACAACCAAACCAAGGAGUUUGCAACUGAAAUGCUCAUCCUUUCCCAAAUCAACCAUAAGAAUGUGGUGAAGCUCUUAGGUUGUUGCUUAGAGGUUGAAGUUCCAAUGUUGGUCUAUGAAUUUGUUUCUAAUGGAACCCUCUACAGCUUUAUUCAUGGAAAAGAUCAAAGCUUUAUUCCUUUUGAUGAACGUCUCAGAAUUGCAGUGGAAUCUGCCGGGGCGCUUGCAUACAUGCACUCGUCAGCUUCAACUCCCAUCCUUCAUGGAGAUGUAAAGUCGGCUAACAUACUAUUGGACGACAAAUUCACUGCAAAAGUUUCUGAUUUUGGAGCUUCGAAGCUUGCUGCCACCGAUGAGGUUCAAUUGGCUACAUUAGUUCAAGGGACUUGCGGUUACUUGGAUCCAGAGUACUUAAUAACAUGCCAACUAACCGAGAAAAGUGAUGUUUACAGCUUUGGGGUCUUUAUUUUAGAGAUUUUCACAAGAAAAAAAGCACUUUAUUUCAAUGGACCAGAGGAAGACAGGAGCCUUGCGUCGUGUUUUAUUACCGCGAUGAAAGAAGGCCGGUGUUUAGAAAUUUUCGACAGUCAAGUAAAGAGUGAAGCGAGAGCAGAACUCCUUGAAGAGAUUGCGGAGAUUGCAAUGCAAUGUUUGAGUAUGUGGGGGGACGAAAGGCCCGCGAUGACAGAAGUUGCUGAAAGGCUAGAGAGGCUAAGAAGAAUCCAAAAGCACCCAUGGGUUCAAGCGAAUGAUUCGGAGGAGAUGGAUAGCUUACUUGGGGAAUCAUUAGACACUCAUGCAAAUCAUAUCAAUGGGCAUAAUUACAUCGAGCAAACCGUGUUUGAUUUAGAAGAGGGAAAAGGAUAAUUGAGGUUUCAAGUGCAGUCCAAACACCUGCCUAGAGUUCCUUUUCUCCAAUAGCCUACACCAACAACGGAGAAUAUUUUCAUAGAGUUUGUAUAUUCAUGAUAGCAUUUGUACGAAGACGCGCAAUUUCAUCUCAUGAUGUAUUCAUCAGAAGAUGAAGUUUAACCAGGUCGACCUGUGAUCUGUGUAUGAAGUUGUUGGAUUAUAAUAUGGCAUUAAAUGUAUAAAAGACCAAUUGAAAGCAAGUGGCUGAUAAAAUCAGUGAUUUGCCAAACUGUUGAAUCUUGGAUUUUCAUCUGUUG